AGACUGCUCACAUAGUAGCACUGAUUACAUCCCUUUCCCUAGAUGUACAUUAGUAAUGAAUGUGUUGAACAGUCAUUGCAGUAUGAUGUGUGGUAUUUGAUUGAAUAAUGUAAUGUGACAGAUUCAAUGAACAAUAAUAACUAAUGCAUUCUGUUUUACAUGAUCAUUAUUCAUGACUCUCCAUCUUGGAUAAUGGAUGAUCUGAAGACCGUGAGUAAUUACUUAUGUCUUUUUUGUUUAUUGACAACCUAUAACACAAGAUAAAGAAAAUACCAGAGUGUUAAUCUGAUACUAUGAAUAAGUACAGGCCUUGUGAACAGCAGUGUGUCUUCUUCAAGGCUACAAAUUAAAUCAGUUUCUUUAGAUUUAUCAUUACUCUCCCCAAAUGUUCUCAAGGUAGGUUGGAUUAUGAUGUAUAGAUAUUCUUCAAUUUAUCCUGAAUUUACAUACCAUAGUCCUCCCACAAUAUAUCUGCCAUAGAGCUCAGCAAUUCACACUCAAAAUGAAAAUGGAAUCAGCUUGAAUUCAGCUUGAUGUCCUAGUAUGAAGCAUAUAGACGUUCUAAGACUGCUGACAUAUUAGCACUGAUUACAUCCCUUUCCCUAUAUGUACAUUAGUAAUGAAUGUGAUGAACAGUCAUUCCAAUAUGAUGUAUGAUAAUUCAUGAAGUUAUGUAAUGAGACAGAAAUUCAAUGAACAAUAUUAACUCAUGCAUUCUGUUUUACAUUAUCAUUAUUCAUGAAUCUCCAUCUUGAACAAUGGUUGAUCAGUUGCGGGAAGACGUUCAGACUAUUUACAACAUGAGACCCAGGAGGACAAGUUGAAGAGGGAGGCAUCAGCUGUUGAGCUUGAGUUGAAGAUGGAAAAAUAAUUAAAAGAGAUAUUAAGAGAUGAGAUGAUGAAACAACUAGAGGAGAAAGACAAACAACUGGAUGAUAUGACCCAGGAAGUGAGAGAGAAAGAGAGACUACUGGAGGGAAAAGAUAAUGAAAUAAAGGAGAAGAAGGUUGAACUAGGAGACAAAGACAAGAAAAUAAAGGAAAAAGACCAUCAACUAGAGGACAGAAACUAUAGACUGGGAGAGAAGGACAAACUACUAGAAGAAAAAGAAAGUGAACUAAAAGAGAGGAGACAGGAACUAGAAGAGAAAUAUAAACUACUAGAGGAGAGCGAGAAGCAAUUAAAGGAACGAGACAAACAAGUGGAGGAUGUCAACAAUGAAAAUGCUAAACUGGCUCAACAGAUAUGUGAUGUGAAGACUGAGCUAGAGAGACUGAGAAGAGAGACCUCCGCCCAGAUGACUGAACAUGGAGACACCUCAGAUACAGGUUCCAUACUCCCAGUCAGGAGGAGACACAGCAUGGAUGGUCCUCCAUAUAUGGGAGGAGAGACCUCAGGUACAGACCACACACUUCCACUGAGGAGGAGAAACAGCAUGGAGUUAAUUCCUCCUGAAAUGGGAGGAGAGAGCAGCAGUCCAGACUCCCCAGUCUCUCCCAGUGUGUCUGAGCUGAGACUGGUGCUGCUGGGGAGGACUGGGGCUGGGAGGAGUGCAGCAGGAAACACCAUCCUGGGCAGAGAGGAGUUUGGGGCCCAGGCCAGCCCUUCUGCAGUGACCCAGAGGAGUAAGAGGAGAGAGGGGGAAGUGUCUGGGAGACGGUUGGUGCUGGUGGACACUCCAGACUGGUUCUGUCCUGGACUCUCUCUGGAAGAGAUGAGACAGGAUGUGGGGCUCUGUGUCCGUCUGUCUGCCCCGGGACCCCACACCUUCCUCCUGGUCAUACCAGUGGAGCCCUCCAGGGGGGAGGAGAGAGGGGUGCUGGAGAGAAUAGAGGAGAUGUUUGGGGAGGGUUGUUGGGAACACACUGUGAUUCUAUUCACCCAUGCUGAUGGCCUGAAAGAGCAGAGCAUUGAGGAGUUUCUCCAAGCAGGGAGUCAGGACCUCCAGCAGCUUGUAGAGAAAAUGUGGGAGCAGGUACCACGUCCCUCAACAUUAAGGACAGGGCCCAUGGCACUCAGGUCCCAGAGCUGCUGGAGCAGGUAG